CCUUAAUGCAUCAGAAGAAGCUCUCUCCCGGAUGUAACGAAAGGAGAAACUCUCCAUGUGAUUUUGUUACUCUCCACAAAGACGUUUAACUUCGAAACAGUUGAAAAUGAAUCCAUUUGUUUACAGACUAACAGUCUUUUUCUUUAAAGUUAUUGACGAAACCGUACCGUAAAUCCCGCCAGCUGUCGCCCAACCGCUCAUUCGAGAAGCUAACCCUGCUAAUCCACGCGCUCGUUUAUUUAUGAAGCAUGGAGAUAAGCGAUCGUGAUUUUCUCAGCACUCCUCCCUUCAAAACCGUCAGGUUUGGUGGUAGUGUUGUGGAAACAUUAGCCAAGUAUAAACAGGGAGACUUGAGUGACUACGAACUGCUGAAGCAUCAGCUGGCCGAUCCUGAUAUAAAGGAUGCACAGAUUAUUACCUGGCUACAAGAGUUUCGGAAUUGUAUCGCUCAGCUCACCAAAGACCAUGAACAACUCAUCUACACUCUCUUAAGGCUUCCCUGGGUGGAUCGAAGCCAAGCAGUGGCCGAGGAGUACAUGGCCUUCCUUAGUAACCUAGUAUCAGCACAGACCGUCUUCCUAUGUGCAUGUCUCAAAAUGAUCGUCAAGUACUUUACGCCGAAAAGGAUAGCCAUCUCUGAAGGAGGAGUCUAUAUGUCGGAUACAGAUGAUGAAGAUGAAUAUCUCCCCAAACAUUUCAACCGCUGCCACCAAGCUUUGCAGCUCAUCACAAGAUAUGUCCCAUCCACAAGUCACUUUCUGGUGCCCAUUUUGCAAGACAGGUUUCCGUUUAUUCAAAAGUCCUCCAGAACCCUGGAGUGUUACGUCCACAACCUACUGAAACUGAGCGUGUACAUACCGAGCAUUCGACGAGACGUACUGGAGAUCAUCAUUGGACAGAUGCUUAAACUAGAUGUGAGCGCAUCCCGUUCCGAUAUCGAAGAGGCUGAAGAGAAAAGGGUUCAAAGCCAUACGCCAGGCAACUCUACCGAAGAGGCCCUCUUUGAUAUGGACGAGGACCUGCAGACAGAUGAGCCCCCCAAUUUGGAAGUCAUGUCCCACCCGGUGGCUGACAGGCUUGAUUCACUCAUGGCAAUCCUGUUGGCGUACAUCAAGGACGUCUGCCUCGUCAACGGCGGUCUUCAUACAGACAGAACAAAGGAAUUGUACAGGGACUUGUUGGAUGUGUUUGACAAGCUCAUCUUGCCCACACAUGCUUCGUGUCACAUCCAGUACCUGGUUUUUUACCUCUGCAGCUUCAGGGUGGCACUUGGGGAGGCUUUCCUGGAGCACUUAUGGAAGAUUCUGCAGAGUCCAUCUCAGCCCGCUGUCCUCCGCCAGGCUGCUGCGGGAUACAUGGGAAGCUUCCUCGCCAGAGCCAACUUCAUCCCUGUGGUCACAGUCCGGGCGUGUCUGGACCUGCUCAUCCCGUGGAUCCAUCGCUACAUCGACAGUCAGGAUAGUAAAGGCGGGCAGGCCUGCUGUGACAUCAGCCUCCAUGGACCCUUCUACACCGCCUGCCAGGCGGUCUUUUACACCAUCAUCUUCAGACAUGGAGCCAUUCUGGCGGGAGACAUGAAGAAAGGCUUGGAGUACCUCCAGAGUUUGAACCUGGAGAGGGUGGUCAUGUGUCAGAUGAACCCGCUUAAAGUGUGUCUCCCAGCAGUCACCAAUUUGUUUGCAGCCAUCACCCGGAAAUAUCAGGUGGUUUUCUGUUACACCAUCAUAGAGAGGAACAACCGCCACUUGUUGCCCGUGGUGCACAGCUCUGCAGGAGGUGACAGCGUGAGCAUCAACACCAACCCCUUGGACAGCUUCUUUCCUUUUGACCCCUACCUGCUAAAAAGGUCUGGUGAACUGAUAGAGCCUCUCUACCAGGUGUGGGAGGAGCCGGCAGACUCGGAGCUGGUCGUCCCGAAAAGAGUCCCUCAGGGCUCCAAAGAGGACGAACUUGACUUCCUGGGCGGGGAGACGCCGCAGGGCGACGAGAUGGUCGGGAUGACACCCAACUCGUUUGAAUCCAACCCCAGUAUCGGCUCACCUCCCGUCUACUUCCAGAGACACUGCUAGUUCCACAUGGCCAACUGUCACACUUGGCCGGGUCAUCCUGAGACGAUAUUUGCAAUGAUUCACAUUGCAUUCAUAUCAGGGCCAAAACAUCUCAUCCUGUCCUUUUAUGAUUUUUGGUUUUCUCUCCCUCUUUCUGGUGCAAUAGCAAGAAACAUUAAUGACGUUAGUGUUAGAGCCGUAUACUCUGAAAAUAUUUUAGGUUUUGGUUGAAUUUUACAAGCAGUUGUACAGAUAAGUUUUCCUUUUUGUAGGGAUGUAUGAAUUAAUGAUCCUCGUUAUAUUUGCUUCUGUGAGCAUGGGGCACACCAAAUGGCUUAUUUUGGUUUUAAGUUUAUUCUCUUGAGUUGUUGACAAAUCUGCUCCAGUUGUUACCGGAAUCGACUUUUGAUAUGAAUCUGAAUAACGAUAAGUCACGUAUCAGUUCUUCCUUUAUUAUAAAAGAGUAAGAGAAAGAAUGAGGCCACAACAAAGAUUCAGUCUGGUUGAAAUACAGGACAUGAUAGUUAUUUAUACAGUAUGUGCGUUGUUCAUAGAAAUAUAAAGAACCAUGAUAGAUGGCU